GGCGCGCGAUUGGGGACAGAGAGCGAGCGACAGAGAAGAUGCGCAUACAAUUAUCACUAUCUGUGUCUAUGACGAGAACAAAAUGUUCUGGGAAGCUGCGACUCGACGAACUCUCCAAUUAGCAAAGGCUUUGUCGAUCUGAAAAGGCUCGGCCCGCUCCCUGCAUGACGUUGACUGUCUUGCGAUUGUAACGAACUUCUCGACUUUCCAUUCCUGCCUCUUUUGUCUUUCUUCGCCGUAUGGAAGCAUUGCAGAAGGAUUAUGACCCAACUCUCGGCUUUAGCAUCAAGGGCAAGGCCAAGCAGCGAGAUGCUCCUCAAGACACCUGCGUUAUCUGCUUGGAUGCCGUCACCGAGCGCGCCGUCGCCGUCCCUUGCAAUCACCUGAACUUCGACUUCCUCUGCCUAUGUAGCUGGACCCAAGAACAUCCUUCUUGUCCACUAUGCAAGACUCCCUUGACAGCCAUCGAAUACGACUGGCGGUCUCCAACAGAUCGCAAGGUCUACACCAUUCCUAAGAAAGAAGACAAGCCCAAAGCACCCGCUGCUACCACAAGUACAAAUCGCUUCCACCUACCUCGUCGACGUCCUGCCCAGUCAAGCCAUCCGAGAAUACACAACCCAAAUGCUGCUCUCGCGUUCCGUCGUCGCAUCUACGCAGAGCAGAACUACAGUCUCCACGUUGGCGCAAAUCGUACCUCUCAAUACCGCAACUUCACUCCCGCCACCUUCACAACCUCUCCUGCUCUCCAGUCCCGUGCCCGCCUAUUUAUGCGCCGCGAGUUUCAGGCUUUUGAUUUUCUGGCCGAGAACAAUGCUAGACUCGGCUUUUUGAUCGAGUAUAUUGUGGCUAUACUGAAGACGACCGAGAUAAAAGAUGCUGCCGGCUCGGCGAGUGCUUUGGUAUCAGAGUUUCUAGGAACAAGUGCUGGAUCGCUGUUUUUGCACGAACUGGAAGCCUGGUUGAGAAGCCCGUACGAGAGACUGGAAGACUGGGAUCGUCACGUUCAGUAUGCGCCUAAAAGGCCUAGGUAUCAGAACGGCUGAUAGUCGAAGAUACUUUUGGACCUAGACGCGAUAUCACCGCG